AUGGGGAAGAGUUACCCGGAAGUGGAAGAAGAGUACAAGAAAGAUGUCCAGAGAUGCAAGAGGAAGCUCCGUGGUCAUAUCGCCGAGAAGCACUGUGCUCCCAUCAUCCUCCGUCUUGCAUGGCACUCGGCUGGGACAUUUGACGUGAAGACGAAGACGGGAGGACCGUAUGGGACGAUAAGGCAUCCGGAAGAGUUAGCCCAUGGUGCUAACAAUGGUCUUGAUAUUGCUGUGAGGCUUCUUGAGCCCAUCAGGGAGUUGUUCCCCAACUUGUCCUUCGCUGAUUUCUACCAGCUAGCUGGAGUUGUAGCUGUUGAGAUCACCGGAGGACCAGAAGUUCCAUUCCAUCCUGGUAGAGUGGACAAAGUUGAGCCACCACCUGAAGGUCGCCUACCUGAUGCCACCAAAGGCGUGGAUCAUCUGAGAGAUAUAUUUGGUCGGAUGGGACUCAAUGACAAAGAUAUUGUGGCAUUGUCCGGUGGACACACCUUGGGUCGGUGCCACAAGGAACGUUCGGGAUUCGAGGGACCAUGGACACAAAACCCUCUCAUUUUCGACAACUCUUAUUUCAAAGAGAUACUAAGCGGAGAGAAAGAAGGACUUCUUCAACUGCCAACCGACAAGGCUCUUCUCGAUGAUCCUCUCUUUCGUCCCCUCGUUGAGAAAUAUGCUGAAGAUGAGGAUGCCUUCUUCGAAGACUACACUGAAGCUCAUCUCAAGUUGUCAGAACUCGGGUUUGCUGACACUAAAAAGGAGUGA